AUGGACUCGGAGAAAGCGGUGGUGGACGAGCUGCCGCUAGCUAUCGUGCGCCGGGUGGUGAAAGAUAAGCUUUCGGAGUGUUCGCCGGAUUAUGACGUCAGCAUUCACAAGGAAGCGCUGCUUGCCUUCUCCGAGAGUGCCCGGAUCUUCAUCCACUACCUCUCCGCCACGGCAAAUGAUAUAUGCAAAGACUCAAGAAGACAGACGAUGAAAGCUGAGGAUGUGUUUAAGGCUUUAGAAGACAUGGAUUUUUCGGAAUUUUUGGAGCCGCUUAAAGCUUCUCUUGAUGAUUUUAAGAAGAAGAACGCUGGGAAAAAGGCUGCUAGUGGUAGUGGAGCAGCAGUUUCCAAGCCUAAAGAGACGAAAAAGAGGAAAAAUGAAGAAGCAUCAACUCAAAAGGGGGUGAGGAAAAGCAAGAGAGAUGAGGGAGAUUUGAAGAAUGGUGAGGAUGAUGAGAAUGACAACACAAAAGAGAAUGAGGAUGAUUAUACCGAAGAGAAUGGAGAUAAUGAGGAGGAGGAGGAGGAGGAUGUUAACGGAAAUGAGGAAAACAUCAUUGAAGAGAAUGAGAAUGAGGGCAAUAGCAUGGAAGAAGCUGGGAGUGGGAGUGGUGAAGAUGAUGAGAACGAAGGUAGUGGCGAAGACGUAGAGGGUGAUGACGAAGAUGAGUGA